AUGGUUCAGCCCACUGGCAAGUUCCAUCUGGGGAAUUACCUGGGUGCUACGCGGGUGUGGAAGGACUUGUGUGACAUCAAGCAACCGGGCCAGCGGCUGAUCUUUGGCGUUGCUGAUCUGCACGCGAUCACCAUCCCAAAGCCGGACGCCGCGCAAUUCAAGCAGUUACGCCGUGAGGCGAUUGCUAGUAUCCUUGCAGUUGGUGUCGAUCCUGCCAGGGCGUCGAUUAUGUACCAAUCGGCGAUACCUGCACACUCGCAGCUUUACUGGCUGCUGAGCACUGUGGCCCCCAUGGGCUAUUUGAACCGUAUGACCCAAUGGAAGUCCAAGUCCAACCUGCGUGAGGACAAGGACGCCACAGCGAAAGAGCUCGGUGAAGUGAAGCUGGGCCUGUUCGGGUACCCGGUGCUCCAGGCAGCGGACAUCCUGCUUUACAAAGCCACGCAUGUUCCAGUCGGGGACGACCAGGUCCAGCACUUGGAGCUCACGCGUACAUUGGCUGAGAACUUUAACAAGCUAUAUAAGAAACAGGUGUUCCCCUUGCCACGCACAUUGCUGGCACCCACCAAGAAGAUCCUGUCUCUGACGCACGACACCAAGAAGAUGUCAAAGAGCGACCCCAACCAGGACGGCGUCAUAUACGUGAACGACCCGCCAGAGACCAUCAUUCGCAAGAUCAAGAAGGCUCGCACGGACUCGAUCACCGAUAAGUUCUACUACGACCCGGUGCACAGACCAGGCCUCUCAAACCUUAUCAACAUUGUCAGCGGUAUUACGAAGCAACCCGUCCACGCCGUGGAGCAAGAGUUGCAGAAAUUCGAUAACUACAGGGACUUGAAGGCACACGUCUCUGAAGUAAUCAUCGAAGAACUCCGUGUUCCUAGAGAGAAGUUCCACCAGUACAUGGAGGACCCACAGUUUCUCGACGACACCGUCCAACAAGGUACACAGAGGGCAUCAGAGAUAGCUGCCAGCACAAUGAAAGAGACAAUGCAGACUAUGGGAUUCAUAUAG